CUUUUGACAGUGACAUUACUGUGUUUUGAUUACCGUGUUAAAAUUUAAAUCUAGGUUGCUUCCUAGAGGUUUUCUUUAAUAAGAUGGAUCUAAUUGAUAGCGACAUUCGUCAGUGGGACGCAAAUGAGAUAAAGGAACAAUUUGGCGACAGCCUUAUGCUGUUACCGUCCAACAAUAAUAUUAAGGAGCUACAAACUAUUCUUCGUGACAAGCAUACUACUCGCAGCGACUUCAAAUUCUAUGCUGAUCGACUCAUCAGGCUUGUUAUUGAAGAAAGUCUUAACAAACUGCCAUUCACAGACUGUGAAGUAGUAACUCCUACUGGAGCCUUGUACAAAGGUUUGAAGUAUGGGUCAGGGAACUGUGGAGUGUCAAUUGUGAGGUCAGGCGAGGCUAUGGAGCAGGGUCUCAGAGAUUGUUGUCGGUCAAUCCGCAUCGGCAAGAUUCUGGUUGAAAGUGACAAUGACACACAUGAAGCUCAUGUAGUGUACGCCAAGUUCCCCGAGGACAUAGCUAAGAGACAAGUAUUGCUGAUGUACCCUAUCAUGUCAACGGGAAAUACUGUGAAACAGGCCGUGAAUGUCUUGAGGCAGCACGGUGUUAAAGAGGAGCGUAUAAUUCUAUCAAACCUGUUCUGUACCCCUGCCGCAGCUCAGGCAGUAGUAGACUACGUGCCAAAGAUGAAAAUACUCACCUCUGAACUACAUCCCAUAGCACCGAAUCACUUUGGACAGAAAUAUUUCGGCACUGACUGAUAUGAGGAUGACUUUUUAUUUUAAUUAUUAUUGUAUUGUGAUUAUAUAUACUUCAUACAAUAUACAUAUAAAUUAAUUCAUCGGAAUUAACUGAGAUAACAUCAAAUCAUAAAUGACAUAUGUUGGAAGAGUUAAGUUUUAUACAAUUAGUGAGUUACUAAUAGAGUAUGAGUAAUGCUUUACAAUCCUUAGCUUAGCUAUAAUAUAAUAUAAUAAUUUUUGAAUAUGGCAACACUGUGAGAAGUUUUUUUUUUUAUAGCGACAUCUAUGUAAUGUUAAAUCUUGACAACUUAUUACCUAUCAGAAGUACAUUUAAAGGAAAAACACAUUAGAUUCAUUGAUUUGAUAUUUAAUUUAUUUUAUUGACAUCAUUCAAGAUAUUAUCAAGUAAAUCCGCUAUAUAACGUGACACGUGUCUAUGUUGAAUGUAAGAAUGUGUUUGGAGGGAAACUAAUCUUAUUUUCUCAAGUAUAUAAAGCUGUUUCUUUUAGAUAUUAAAGUAUUUUUUUCUUGCAGUUUUAUGUACUUAGUCAUAAGUAAGGUCUCAUAAUUUAUUUUAUGUUUUUAAUACUUAAUUUUGUAAAAAAAAAUACCUAGUCUUUAGAAAGAAUUAAGUUUGCAAAGCUAAACGCUUGUAUGCUGUGUAAAAUAUAAAUAAUAGGAAUUAAGAUAUGUUUUAUUAAAAUUUUUCGCUUUCUGUUUAGUUCUGCCAAAUAGAAAUGUGUUAUAUUUUCACAACACGUUGAAGUUUUUAUAAUUUUAAAUGCUGAGGUUUUACAUACUUAAGUACCGACGUAGUUCUAAAACUAAACUAAAAUCCAACAGAGCAGACAUUUUAAUACUUUUAAUGGCACAUGCUGGAGAUAUUAAAACAUUACUAAUUACUACUUUCAUUCUUAUUUUCUUUUUUAUUCGCUGUGCGUUACCUAAAAUUAGUAAACACUGAAGUAUAUAGAAAUUUACGAAGCGUUUUUGUAGAACAGAAAUAGAUGUUAUUCUAUAAGGUCGUCUAGUCAAUAAGCAUCAUCAUUCUACAAAUUCUAGAAAUCUAUUAUGGAAGAUAUUUUUUUUUACUUCCAUAUACUUAUAUAUGUACAUGCAAUACAGUUGUAAAUUGUCUCCAUAGUGUUACAAUCCACGAUCGAAGGGAAAGUGAAAAGAAACAAACGGUAAAGAUAUUUUCUAUCAUUUAAUUAACUUUCUUUGUUUAUACAAUCUAUGGGUCGACAAGUUUAUAUUAGAUCAGAUCACACAGCUAAGCACGUAAUGUAUAGAAAUUAAAAAUCAUUUAUUAACAUUUCAAUAAUUUAACCCUUAGCGAUAAACCUUACAAUGUUCCCAGACGUGGUCGUCUUACCGAUGGUACUGUCUUAAUAUACACUCUAGAGCUACAAAAAUAGUAUCAAUAUCUUUAAAAAUAUAACAUUCAAUUACUAUAUCGUAACAAGUUAUUCUCGCGUGAGAACCAAUAUAUAUUAUUAUUACUUUUUUUUUAUUAGUAAACACGACUUACGUCAUUUAUGUUAGAAAGCGAUCUGCCUUGACUAUCGGCUAUGGCAACACUGAUCGACUCAAAUCUUAAAAAGAUCAUUAAAUAAUAGAUUUACAGUGCGUAUCUAAUAAAUAGUUACAUAAACAUACAUUAAAGAAAUCAUAUAUACGCUCAGUAUAUGUUAAUAUCGAAACUGACAAGCGCUUUUUAAAAUAACAAAAUGUCUGGCAACACCGGCCUAUAUGAAAUGUUUUCAAACUAUAAUAGUCACAUUACAACACAAAAUAUAUUCGAAAUUGACUUAGAUAUGUUAUUAAGGCAUCGUGUGAAUUGCACUAGAACAAUUGACAGAAUCAUUACCUGAUUAAAUACAACGACGGCUCAAGCAAAGAUAUAUGGCAAUUAGCACAGACACAGUCACAGAAAAUAUAUGAAUGACAUUAGUAACAAACAAAAUAUAUAAACACCUCGUGUGUCUGUAAUAAGGGAAGCGAAUAAAUAUUUGUGCAUUCACAUUUUUUUUGAUAGUUUUUCGUGUUUUUUUUUUGUAUAAAAAUAUCGCUAGUGAUUGACCUUGAAAGAGUUCAUAUCAAAGUCGGAGUGGUCGCGGCUGAAGCACCAGUCUCUCGCUUUUUCUACUAACGGUAUAGCUGUUUUAA